AUGACUCUUUACCUUUGCCUCCCUCUGCUGGUUGUGUUCCUGCAGCCAGCUCUGUGUCUCUUCAACUGCUCGUCCACAUAUGACAGGACCCCAGAAAAUUCAGACCUGACAGUUAACUGUGGCCCAAAUACCAUCACCCUGCAGAUCAACCUGUGCACGGCUCAGUGGGCAGGCUUCAACAGCACAGACCUGGCUCUGAACGGAAACCACAAUACUUCGGAGUGCCAGGGCUUGGUCGACACCAGUGUGGACCCUCCGAUCAUCCGUUACCAGCUUCCUGUUAACAGCAGUCAGAAUAACCCCUGUCGCCAGUCUCUGCAGAUUGUGGAUGAGGCCCCAGACCCCACAGGUCCCUUCAGCAACUUCUUAAGUGUCCAGUCAGUUAUCAUCACAGGGUACAUUGACACACCCAGAUCUAGCCUAGGGUUGAUCAGCUACGCCACAGACCUCUACUAUCACUUCUCCUGCCGCUACCCGCUGGAGUACCUGAUCAACAACACACGGAUUGUGGCCUCCUCAGUUUCUGUGGCAACCAGUGAUAAUAAUGGAUCCUUCAUUGAUACACUGAAAAUGAGUGUUUUUAAUGACACUAACUAUAGCUACCCGUUAGUGGUACCUCCAACAGGACUUCAGCUACGGAGCAAGGUCUAUGUGGAGGUCAAGACUGUUAACCUCACAGGAAAUUUGAAUGUACUGCUGGAUCACUGCUUUGCUACUCCCUCUGCUUACAACAUGUCGCAAAAUGAACAGUUAAACUUCUUCACUGGCUGUUCAGUGGACCAAAGGACAACUGUGACAAGCAAUGGCAUUUCUACGGUUGCCCGAUUUAACUUUGAAGCCUUCCGCUUUGUUCAGCACCGUGACCAGGCAAUGUCCAGCAUCUAUCUGCACUGCAUACUGAGACUCUGUGAGCCAAGCAAAUGUCAAGAGCUGCUGUCUGCCUGUAAUAAUAUGAGAAAAAAAAGAUCUUUGACUCCUUUUGGAGAAGAAAGCCGUGAUUCUGCCACUGUUUCAGUUGGACCUCUCUACACUGCCAGACAAGCCAGUCCAUAUGAACCUGGAUCCAGUAAAAGUGCGGCAUCAGGGAGGAAUGUUGUGAACGUGGCGGGCCUGGUGGUGGGAGUGGUGUUUGGCUUGGCUACUACUGCCUUGCUGUUGGCUGGAUCCUCCUGAAGACGAUUACCUCAUGCCUUUGAUUGACAGAUCAACUGGCAAACUGUCUUCGCCUCAUCGCCUCAUACCAUGUUGUAACUGUAUGUUUAUUGUGAGACCAUAAAAUCUGAUAAUUUUCCAGUAGCAAUCGAAUGUUCUGAUCAGGUGACCAUGGAGACCAAGCAAAUACUGAUGUAAUGUUUUCUGUCUAUACUUAGCAUAUGCAUGCAGGAGUCAUUUAUCUGUAAUGAAGACAAACCUGAAAUAUUUGUAGAGAAAAAAAAGGUUUUGUAUGUUAUUAGAAAUUUGCUUUGGCAAUGGUUGUUUUUCUGCCCACUGACAGUCUGACCUGUUAGAAACAAUUUCUGGGUCUCUUGUAUAUUGAUUGCAUUGCUUUGAACAAAAUAGAAUCUACAUCUUAUAAGUCUGUUGCUAUGUUUUGUACAGAUUAAAAAUAAAGUUUGAAAUCAG